GUCUGACUGAAUUCAGCUGUUCCAAAUCAUUGUUUGAUGGUGUUGGAGUUUCCUGUUGUGCUGCAUGCACGUCGCAAGUGUAUUCAACUGGCAGCUUCACCUCGUCCUGCCCACAGAGCAGCAGUGAUACACUGAAGAGGAGACAUCUGGCCCUAGGCUUUCCUAAGGAGACGGUGUCUUUGGCACACGAUAAUAUUGCUGUAGUUCCCACAUUCGCUUGAAUUGUCAUAUGAAUUCUGUGAUGUGGAUGUGCAUGUAAUAGAAAUAAUGGACCAGGACAGCAAGAGUGCAAGCUUCUCAGAAAGCCUCGUGCUGGAUAACGCUGAGAAAGGAGUUGUUGUUGCAGGAAUCAAAGACAACACAAUCUCUCCAAAAAGUGGAGAAAGGUUUGUUGCAGCAACAAUACAACUUGGUAAACUUGAGAAAAACGAUGUGGAGAAAAUCUUGAAGGUGCUGGAGCCGUACGAAAGCAACAUAAAUCUUCUGACAGAGAAGGACUUGAACCCCGGUGUUGACCUUGGCUCUUUGGGAGUAGGUCUCAAAGAUUCGGCAGCGAUAUUACAGAAGGAUCUAUCGCUGGAUGCAUCAGCUCAGGGACCAACCGUUUCCCUUGAUGGCCUGAAUGGAAAGCUUAAUGAUGCACAAGGGUUGGGGGUAAAAAUAAGUGAACCGACUCUUAAUGGAGACCUUCCCAGUCUUAGCCUAAAUAAGCCAUCAACUGCUGCUGGUGCCACAUUUAAAAUGCCCUCCGCAGGGCUUACAAUGCCAGACAUAAAAUCAGAUUCAAGUGGAACCCUAGAAGUACCUGAUAUCAGUGUCUCAGCUCCCAAUCUUAACACUCCCAUUGCAACACUAGACAUCAACAAACCAGAAGUCGAAGGCAAAAUGAAACACAAGGCCCCGAAAUUCACAAUGCCACACUUCAAUCUACCUGAUCUUGAUGCACCAAAAGCAGACAUUGAUGUCUCUGGUGAUCCAGGUCUUCCUUCAGUCAGUGGAAGUAUGGAGAGACCAGACCUCAACCUGUCAGCUCCAAAGUUAGAUUUGAAAAGUAAUGAUUUGGAGCUGAAUGGGCCAAAAGUGGAUUUGAAUAGUCCUGAUGUAAAUGUAAAGGCCCCAGAUGCUAAUAUUGAGGCACCCUCAGGGAAAAUCAAGUGGCCCCAUCUAAAAUGGAAAAGUCAAAAACUCAAAGGACCAGAUGCUGACCUGUCCACACCUAAUGCCAGCAUUUCCACACCAAAGAUUGAUGGUGAUCUAAGUACCCCAGAUGUGAAUGUUGGCUCAGCUCAAGCUGAUAUUAAAGGCCCUGAUCUAGAUGUUCAAACCCCAGAUCUUAACGUUGAUGCCCCUUCUGGUAAGAUCAACUGGCCUCACCUGAAAUGGAAGAAGCCCAAACUUGAAGGAUCAAAAGCAGACUUGGACAUGGAUGCAGACCUAAAGAAACCUGAUUUAAGUCUUUCAGCUCCAAAGAUUGAGGGUGACAUUAAUGUACCAAAUGCUGAGCUGAGUCUUCCAGAAACAGAGCUAAAGGCCCCGGGUGUAGAUGUUCAUGCCCCAGACGCUGACAUUGAUGCUCCUUCAGGAAAAAUUAACUGGCCUCAUCUAAAGUGGAAAAAAUCCAAACUUAAUGGGCCAAAAGCUGAUAUGGACCUCAAUGCAGAUUUAAGCCCACCAGAUGCUUCAGUUCCAAAAAUUGAUGGGGAGAUUAGUACACCUGACGUGAGCCUCAAUUUACCCAAAGCUGACGUUGAUAUCAAAGCACCAGAUGCUGACAUAAAUCCACCGUCUGGCAAAAUCAAGUUCCCAACACUGAGAAAACCUAAAUUCUUGGUUUCUGGGCCAAAGGUGAAAGCUCCAGAUGUUGAUGUUGAUGCUGAUGUGAAAGCACCUGACCUCAGUCUGUCUGCUGAAGCACCUGAUGCUGAUCUGAAUUUACCAAAAGCUGACCUUGAUAUCAAAGCACCAGAUGCUGACAUAAACCCACCGUCUGGCAAAAUCAAGUUCCCAACACUGAAAAAACCUAAAUUCUUGGUUUCUGGGCCAAAGGUGAAAACCCCAGAUGUUGAUGCUGAUGUGAAAGCACCUAACCUCAGUCUGUCUGCUGAAGCACCUGAUGGUGAUCUGAAUUUACCAAAAGCCGAUGUUGAAGCACCAAAUGUAGACAUUGAAUCUCCAUCUGGAAAGAUCAAAUUACCAACUAUGAAAAAGCCAAAAUGGUCAAUCUCGGGUCCUAAGGUUAAUGGUCCAGAUGUUAAUGCUGAUGUGAAGGCACCUGACCUCAGUCUGUCUGCUGAAGCACCUGACCUCAGUCUGUCUGCUGAAGCACCUGAUGCUGAUCUGAAUUUACCAAAAGCUGACCUUGAUAUCAAAGCACCAGAUGCUGACAUAAACCCACCUUCUGGCAAAAUCAAGUUCCCAACACUGAAAAAACCUAAAUUCUUGGUUUCUGGGCCAAAGGUGAAAACCCCAGAUGUUGAUGCUGAUGCUGAUGUGAAAGCACCUGACCUCAGUCUGUCUGCUGAAGCACCUGAUGGUGAUCUGAAUUUACCAAAAGCCGAUGUUGAAGCACCAAAUGUAGACAUUGAAUCUCCAUCUGGAAAGAUAAAGUUGCCCACUAUGAAAAAGCCAAAAUGGUCAAUCUCGGGUCCUAAGGUUAAUGGUCCAGAUGUUGAUGCUGAUGUGAAAGCACCUGACCUCAGUCUGUCUGCUGAAGCACCUGAUGCUGAUCUGAACUUACCAAAAGCUGACCUUGAUAUCAAAGCACCAGAUGCUGACAUAAACCCACCGUCUGGCAAAAUCAAGUUCCCUACACUGAAAACACCUAAAUUCUUGGUUUCUGGGCCAAAGUUGAAAACCCCAGAUGUUGAUGCUGAUGUGAAAGCACCUGACCUCAGUCUGUCUGCUGAAGCACCUGAUGCUGAUCUGAACUUACCAAAAGCUGACCUUGAUAUCAAAGCACCAGAUGCUGACAUAAACCCACCGUCUGGCAAAAUCAAGUUCCCUACACUGAAAACACCUAAAUUCUUGGUUUCUGGGCCAAAGUUGAAAACCCCAGAUGUUGAUGCUGAUGUGAAAGCACCUGACCUCAGUCUGUCUGCUGAAGCACCUGAUGGUGAUCUGAAUUUACCAAAAGCCGAUGUUGAAGCACCAAAUGUAGACAUUGAAUCUCCAUCUGGAAAGAUCAAAUUGCCCACUAUGAAAAAGCCAAAAUGGUCAAUCUCGGGUCCUAAGGUUAAUGGUCCAGAUGUUGAUUUAGAUGCUGGUGUUUCAACCCCUGACUUGAAUCUCUCAGCUCCAAAUAUGGAUGGUGAGAUAAAUGCACCAGAUGUGGAUCUAAAUUUACCAAAAGCUGAACUGGAAGCCCCCAAAUUUGAUGUAGAAUCUCCAGAUGUUGACAUUGAAGCCCCAUCUGGAAAAUUCAAAUGGUUCCAAUUCAAGAAACCCAAAUUUGGCACACUGAAAGGUCCAAAGGCUGAUAUUGACUCUAAUGUGACGAUACCAGAGGUGGACCUCAAAAAGGCUGAUGCAGAAAUAAGUGCACCAGAUGUUAAUCUUUCUGCAUCAAAUAUUGACGCCAAUAUCAGUGGCCCAGACCUUAACCUUGGUGGUCCAGAUCUUGAUGCACCUGAUGCAAAGGUGAAGUUUCCCAAAUUUAAAUUUCCCAAACUCAAAGGAUCACAAGUCCAGGGUCCCAGUGUGGAUGCUGAUUUAAAAACACCUCAUAUUGAUGCAAGUCUUGAUACACCAAAAGCUGAAGUGAAUGCACCUAGUGCAAACCUCAGAGCGGAACCUCUCUCCUUGUCUGCACCAAAAGUUAAUGGUGGUCUUGAUGCGCCAGAUCUUGACGUAAAUUUACCGAAAGCUGAUCUAAAAGGCCCCAGUGUAGACAUUCAAGCUCCAGAGGCUGAUGCCCAUGCAGGAAAAAUCAAGCUUCCCCAAAUAAAAUGGCCAAAGUUUGGCACAUCGGCGCCAAAAGUGAAAGGACCAAAUCUUGAUGUUGAUGCUGAUCUACAACGUCCAGAUCUAGGUCUGUCUGUUCCUGAUGUAAAUGCAAAGUUACCCAGUGCAGACUUGACAGCACCCAAUGUUGAACUAAAAGCAUCAGACUUGAGUCUCUCAGCCCCCAAACUUGAGGGAGACAUUGGUACUCCAGGCAUUGAUGCUGGUCUUAAAACUGGUAUUGAUCUUUCUGCACCAAAAGUUAAUGGUGGUCUUGAUGCGCCAGAUCUUGACGUAAAUUUACCGAAAGCUGAUCUAAAAGGCCCCAGUGUAGACAUUCAAGCUCCAGAGGCUGAUGCCCAUGCAGGAAAAAUCAAGCUUCCCCAAAUAAAAUGGCCAAAGUUUGGCACAUCGGCGCCAAAAGUGAAAGGACCAAAUCUUGAUGUUGAUGCUGAUCUACAACGUCCAGAUCUAGGUCUGUCUGUUCCUGAUGUAAAUGCAAAGUUACCCAGUGCAGACUUGACAGCACCCAAUGUUGAACUAAAAGCAUCAGACUUGAGUCUCUCAGCCCCCAAACUUGAGGGAGACAUUGGUACUCCAGGCAUUGAUGCUGGUCUCAAAACUGGCAUUGAUCCCAACGUGAAUGUUGGUUUGCCUGAAACUGAUAUCAAGGCACCCAGUCUACAUCUGCCAAAAGCUGACCUCCACUCAUCUGAUCUCAGCUUGAAAACACCAAAUGUCAACCUUUAUCCACCCAAAAUUGGUGGUAGUCUCUCAGCACCAAACAUAGACACGAGUAUGCCAAAAAUUGAAGUAGAAGCACCCGAUGCCAAUGUGAAAUCUCCAGGUUUGGAUGUCAACCUGCCAGAAGCAGACCUCAAAGAUUCCAAUAUCCACUUGAAAACUCCAGAUCUGGAUUUGAAUACCCACCUUGGUGACUUUAAAAUGCCACAUUACAAUCAUCCAAAACUUGAUCUUUCAAGUCCUGAAGUAGAAGCUCCCAGUAUUAAUCCCACAGUUGAGGCUGGAAUUAAGGUACCUGGAGUCAGCACAGAUAUGCCUACAACAGAUGCACACAUCUCUGUUCCUGCAGUAGAUUUGAAUGCACCAAAUGUAGGUGAUAUUAAAGGACCUGAUGUAGAUGUGAAAGCUCCAGAUGUAGAUGCAAGUCUUGAGAAGCCCAAGAUGCCACAUUUCAAGAUCCCAAAGUUUAGUCUUUUUGGAUCUAAAGCAAAAUCUCCUGAGACUAAUGCCAGUGCAGAUCUUGAGGGGAGUGGCUCUGACUCUGAUGUGGUGGAGGUGGAGGUUCCUGUAUUCAAGUUCCACAGACUGCCCCAAAUCAACAUUGAUGGCAUUGGAGGAAUUACUGAAGCACUGAGCUCAAUAAAAUCUGACUUGGAGGAGAAGGAUUUUGUUUUCAGUAAAGGAAUCCGCUUGCCAGUAGUGAAUGCAACAGCAAAAGGAGGAGAAAAGAUUGACAUUUUGGAGAGAUUGAAAAUCGCAAGAGAAAAGGCGUCCUCAGUGAAUGUGUCGCCAACAGAAGAGAAAACUGAUAUUGACCUACAACACACUGGCGCAGGUCUUGAUGCUAAUACAUCUACAGGUGCAGGAGAUGCGUCUUUGGUCAGAGGAGGCACUUUCAAAGUAGACAAACCAGAGUCUACGCUGGGGCUGACCGUACCUGAUAUUUCUACAUCAGAUGAAAAUGACAAAUAUUCACUGAGCCUUUCUAAUAUGCUUGGCCUUAAUGUCAAGGAUUCUGAUGCCAACUGAUCGUUCAAAGGUUGGCCUGAUAAAUGAAGCUCCAGUCCAUAAAUGUAUGAAUACAUGCAGCGUAACUGAUUUUCAUGUUUUAGUUUGUGACAUAAGAGAGACUAGCUGUAACUAAUCCAUCCAUCUUGUUGUAGUUUUAAUAAUAAUUAGCAUAAUAGAGUUCAGUUGUUGAUACAAUCUAUGUAUAUUUUCCUGUUAUUUAUAAGCUUUUUCUAAAUGUUAAUUUGAAAUUACUUUACUUUCAGUAUUGCUUGUGAUCACCAUAAACUUUGUCUAGCAAGUGCUUUACUAAAUAUUUUAAAGGAUAAAUGAAUUGUGUGAAUGUGUUACUCUUCGUUCAAUAAAUCAUUACAAUGUCCAAAAUAAAAAUGUCCAGUAAUUAAAGCCA